AUGUCAUCCUUGUCCUCUUAUUUAGCAAUAUAUUACCUGCUCCCGACCUUCGUGAUUUCGCUAGCCUUGCAUCCACCGCAAAUUCGCGACGGCUCAAUCACCCUGACGAAACCCUCGUUGCUUCUUCCAUCCUUGAACGCUUCUGCCGGAUCAGAGAACUCGAAUACCACGCCCAUCCUCACCUGGGCAAAGGUUAGCUGCGAUGAUCGCAGUUUUGGCAAUCCCCCGGCUGCUAGCUGCAAGGACGCUCUGGCUCAGAUCCCGCAAGAUCCAGCCACUAUCAUCACGGACCCUGAGCGUAGCUACGGACCGCGCGGCAAGGGUUCCUGGGAUGUCAACCUUCCGAAACGAUACGUUGGCUCGGAUGGGCAAUGCAUUAUCGAUCUUAUUCAGACGUCUUACCCUUCACAUGUGAGGAAUGACGACUUGCUUGGGGCCGCGACUAUCAUCCAGCAAGAGUGCGUGGAGAAAGCUAUACCUCCUAAGGGCGGCGUAGUCUUCGACAUGGCGGAUGAACUCAAUUUCGUCUUGCUCAUGCAAUCCUGGUCCCCACCUUUCGUAAGGUGCUCGAACACCCCGCUGGCAACACGCCCUGUGUCGGCCUCUUGUCAGACGAUUCUCGACACCAUGAACGUUUCGAUCGAACAGACGACUUUUGGGGCUGUUGGCAUCGCGGGCGUCGAAGAACACCUCCCGCAGGUUUUGACGGAGCCUACUGGGCAAUGCUCUAUUACUGUUGAUACGACCGCGCCGGAUGAUGCGACUUCGUGGUUUGACUUAUGGCAGGCCGCUGUUGCUUUGGAUGGCAUGUGUGCGAGGGGUGGGAGGGCGGGCAAAGCGCGCUUUUUGGGAGAUAAUCGGAAGCUGGUUAUGGAAAUAAAGAAGUCAUAG